GCCAAAGAUCUUGAUGAAAAUCUUGAUUACACGGUCGGUUUGAUGUUGUGUUCGAUCGUUUCCGGUCCAGUGAAGGGUUUUGCGGUUAAAAAAGGCAUUGCCGCUCGUUACUGAUUGGUCCUCAUUUGAAAGGCAGGAAGCUAUCAAAAUGCACGUUGCCUAGCGAAUCACAAAAUCUACCCAGCAACGUAGCGACGUUGAUCAGCAUAUGCGAAAUGACAGGUUGUCACUAGGGUAUAAAAUUUGCAAAAUCCACAAUUACGGCUCUUUCUGCACCUAGCUCAGUAUCAUCACAGGCUGAUAAUCUGAGCCAGUUGCGCCGGGGGUCAGUCUCGCAGAGGCCACACGCGCUAGCCAAGAAGCAGCAGCAUUCCUUCACUAUCACGAAGUGUCUGCUGCUGUGUUCAAGGCCUGUGUGCUCAAACUGGCUUUGCCUCACAGCCCCGGCGCUGUCCAUAUCAGCGUUGACAAUUCCUCUCCUGCGCGAACCUAACUUCCGUCGUGGAACACUGCUUGAUCCAGCAUGGAGCUUCUGUGUUGUGAGGGACCAAGGGUUCGCUAUGCGUAUCAGGAUCCGGUCCUGCUUCAAGACGAACGCGUUCUUCGAAAUCUACUUACCUGCGAGGAUAAAUACAUCCCCAGUUGUCGAUAUUUCAACAUUGUACAGAAGGAGAUUGAACCUCACAUGAGGCGCAUGGUUACAUCAUGGAUGCUCGAGGUAAAUAAAUACCCUGCUCUGAUUCCUUCAUUAUAAAUAGAUCAACUUACUCAAAGUUGAUGCAGUGUCGCUGAAUUGCCCUAAUUUUGUCCUUUCAGGUUUGCGAGGAGCAAAUGUGUGAGGAAGAAGUAUUUCCCUUGGCCGUGAACUAUUUAGACCGCUUUUUGUCGGUUGUGCCAACAAGAAAAUGUCAACUUCAAUUGCUUGGUGCAGUGUGUAUGUUUAUCGCCAGCAAGCUUAAAGAAACGUCGCCGCUCCCAGCUGAAAAACUGUGUAUUUAUACAGAUAACUCGAUCACUUGUCAAGAAUUAUUGGUAAGAUUAAAGAGAGUGUCUCAUAUAAUAAUAUAUAGGUCAUUCAUUUCUUAUUCGCUAGCUCGUGCUUUGCGGUCACGAGCGCGAUUUUCCGUGAUUGUUCUCAAAUUAUUUUUAACCAUCACUUUCAGUAUUUGUUUUCUCCCUGUCAUGUUGGAUUUCACGCGCACGAAUCUUUUUUCUUAAUUUGAAAGCUCACUGUUGUUUUUGUUCUUACUGCUAUCUUUUAGGAUUGGGAAAUUCUAGUACUCGGAAAGCUUAAAUGGGAUCUCUCAGCCGUCACUCCAUACGACUUUCUAGAACAGAUCUUUUCUCGUCUUUCUCUUCCUAACGUCAGUGUGAUCCGAAAGCAUGCCGCAACUUUCAUCGCUUUGUGCUGUACAGGUACGGUAAUAAAAGAACCCACGUUAUUAUUAAAUUUAUCCAUGCAAAGAUAAGGAUUUAAUCCUUGGCAAAAGUCUGCAAGCUUGCCCACGUCAAAGUGUGCAGACGUGGAUGCCCUUUUACCCUUCAAUGAAUUUAAUUAAGUUCUUUUUCAACAAAACUGCGUCAUUAACUCUUUGGUUUCUGUGGCGUAUCGUGAAAGAUAAAGCUUGAAUACUUCACUGAUUCGUUUUUCCUUUUUUACGCUUUUGUAUGGCAGAUGAGAAGUUCUUGAUGUAUCCGCCGUCCAUGCUUGCUGCAGCCUCGGUUUGUGCGGCGUUUACUGGUCUUGCAACAGAAGAACAAAAAAGCGUAUGGACAAGACCAAUGCUCUUUUCGUUUCUUCAAGGACUAACCAACAUUGAACCGGUAAGAAUAGGAAAAAAUAGAGGACGGUAAAAGAAUUUUAAAAGAAUUCCCUUUUCAGCUGAGCCCCUAGUUUUGAUGAGGUGUGCCAAAGAUAGCUAGUACCACUGCAAAAAAAAUGACCGAGCUGCUGGAACAAACAAAGAAAACCUUUUCAUGAUAUUUUCAAAUCAUACUGCAGGCCAAAUUCACGUGCCAUUCAUGUGACUUUUUCAUUCGGUUGCCUUUUUAUCCAUAUUUUUCCCAUUUUUUUUCUUCACACACAAAUACCUAGCUACACAGCUACGCGAGCUAUAUUUGGCGCUGGCCACAGAAGAUGCCAGAAGAGAUAUUUCUAUUGAAAACAAAAUACUCUCUCGCACUUAAGAGCGUUUCUUGAACAAACAGUCUUAGACGUGAAGUUUAGACUGAAACUUUUUCCGGUUUUCUUCUCUGAUCCGCACAGGAAUACCUCCAGUCCUGCCAAGAGCUUAUGGAAGAAGUACUUCAUUUUAAUGUCACGGAACCUCCAACUUCAAAGGUCGAAAACGGAUGUUCGCCGAGUACACCAACAGACUUGCAGGAAAUCCAUUUCUGA